AGCUGCCAAGACAGCAGCUGCUGAGCGCGCAACCUAUGAAUCAAUUGUAAUAACCAUUAAUUUUGUUGACAUAAUAACACUAAGACCCCUAUCGCGUCGGAACAGUUUUUCGAUAUCAGCCCACGAUCUUGGGAACUUACUUUUUGAAGGUCUGUUUUGCUGAAAAAUGGAUUUUAUUCACACUAUUGGUAUUCGAUUUAUACAUUGGAUGCAAACUUCCAAUUACUUGGAGCCAUUUUUCACGGGCAUAAGUCAUAUUGGUAGUCCUAGUACUGCUUAUUCACUAACAUUCCCAAGUGCCUACUACAUCAAUCCAACAUUGGGACUUAUCACAGUGUUAUGUACUGCCUCAUCAGAUUGGUUGAAUGGAAUAAUUAAAUGGAUAUUACAUGGUCAUCGACCUUACUGGUGGGUAAAGUUGAAUGGUUUAUCACAAGAUCCGGGUUUUUCGCUUAACCAAUAUCCACUCACAUGUGAAACUGGACCUGGUAGUCCUUCUGGCCAUUGUAUGAUAACUGUGGCAAGCUUAACACCGAUGAUAGCGCAUUUUUACUAUAAGUUCAGAAAUCCAAACCAACAACAAUGUUUACUAUGGUUAUCGUAUUUAGGAUUUGGUUUACUUGGACUUAGUCGAUGUUACUUAGCAGCGCAUUUCCCACAUCAAGUGGUUACAGGAAUAAUAUCUGGUCUCAUGAUUGGUUUAUUAUUUCAUUCCGUGAGUGAGUCGAUCACUUCAUCAAGUGAAGAGAAUACAAAUUGGUUACAUAGACAAAUUGCUCAUUUUUUAAGUUAUCCAAAUGAAUUAUUAUGGCUAGGCUUCAGUUCAUUCAUUUGCGCAUAUCUAUUUAGUCUGUUCUUAGAAUAUGGUAUGAAAUUGGAUCCUAAUUGGAGUAUAAACUUGGCACAAUCAGCCUGUGCACGAUCGGAAUGGAUUCAUUUAUCAACUAGUCCUAUGAUGGGAUUUUCUAGGAUAGCUGGGACAACUACUGGUCUAUCACUGGGUUUACGUUUUAGACCAAUGGAUUCUCAACAAUCAGUAUUAGGUACUAACUCUGCACAGAUUAUUUUCUUCAGUUUGGUAAUUGUACUUUUAACUACUAAAUUUAUGGAAUCUUUAUGUAAUAGUAUAAUUAAUCUUUUCACCACAUAUAUAUUAGAUGAUUUACCGGUUAUAUUAAUGUAAUACAAUUAUUGAAUGCAUUUCUACAGGCUAUCAUUUGUCCAUUAACAACUAUUUGUAUUGUACCAAUAUUUAUGCGUUUAUUUCAUCAUAAGCAUGAUAAUUAAAUACUGUUUUUAAAACUUAACUACUUAAUGGUAAGAAGAGAAGAAAGAUUUUGUUCUUGUUCAUUUUUUCAUUAGAGAUUACUUGUAAUUUUUAAUAAGAAAAAAGAAAAAUCUAAGAGUAAACAGUGCAGUGUUGAUUGACAAACUAUUUAUUUUGAAGAAAACUAUUCGUCUUAUCAUUUUAUAAAGUUGUAUUUGAUCUAUUUGUUUCUCUUGAAAAUAAUAUCCAGAUUUUACUGG